UAGCAGCAUGAGUCUCAUGGCCACGCCAAUGGCCUCAGGGGCCGCGGCGCCAUCAUCUUCGGCCAGCAGCAGUGGCUCCUCCACACCUACCCAGGGCAACAACAACCUGCCAUUUGAAAAGGACAAGAUUUGGUACUUCAGCAACGAACAGCUGGCCAAUUCACCAAGCCGAAGAUGUGGAAUCAAAGCCGACGAUGAGCUACAGUACCGCCAGAUGACCGCGUACCUAAUCCAGGAGAUGGGCCAGCGACUGCAAGUGUCACAGCUGUGCAUCAAUACGGCCAUUGUGUAUAUGCAUCGAUUCUAUGCGUUCCACUCCUUCACACACUUCCACCGGAAUUCGAUGGCCUCGGCAAGCCUGUUUCUGGCCGCCAAGGUGGAGGAGCAGCCAAGGAAGCUGGAGCAUGUGAUUCGGGCCGCCAACAAGUGCCUGCCGCCGACCACCGAGCAGAAUUAUGCAGAUCUCGCCGCGGAGCUUGUCUUCAAUGAGAACGUGCUGCUGCAGACACUCGGCUUCGAUGUGGCCAUCGAUCAUCCGCACACGCAUGUGGUGCGCACCUGCCAGCUGGUCAAAGCAUGCAAGGAUCUGGCGCAGACUUCGUACUUCUUGGCCUCGAACAGCCUGCAUCUGACCUCCAUGUGCCUGCAAUAUCGCCCCACGGUGGUGGCCUGCUUCUGCAUUUACCUCGCCUGCAAGUGGUCCCGCUGGGAGAUACCGCAAUCGACCGAGGGCAAGCACUGGUUCUACUAUGUGGACAAGAGCGUCUCGCUGGAUCUGCUCAAGCAGCUGACGGACGAAUUCAUUGCCAUCUACGAGAAGAGUCCGGCGCGUCUCAAGUCCAAACUCAACUCGAUCAAGGCGAUCGCCCAGGGAGCGAGCAAUCGGACGGCGUCCAAGGACAACAAGCCCAAGGAGGACUGGCGGGUGAGUGAGAUGAUGAAGGGAUAUCACUCGAACAUUACGCCGCCGCCAGAGCUGGCCAAUGGCAAUGACAGUCGGGAGCGGGACAGGGAUCGGGAGCGUGACAGGGACAGGGAGCGAGAACGGGAGCGAGAUCAGUCGUCUUCGUCGCUAUUACCGCCACCGGCAAUGGUGCCGCAGCAGAGACGAUCGGAUGGCAUCCACCAGCGCUCGUCCUCGGUGAUGGGUGUGUCGGCCAACGGCUCCUCCUCAUCGUCAUCGUCCUCCAAUCACAAGUUGCCAAACUACCAAGGCGGCAUGCCGCCUGACCAGCAUCCAGAUCACAAGUCCAAGCAGCCAGGCUAUAGCAAUCGCCUGCCCUCCAGUCACCAGCGAAGCAGCAGCAGCGGCGGGCUCAGCUCCUCGAGCAGCAGCAGUAGCAGUCAAAGGAGCAACUCUUCAUCAUCAUCAUCGAGCCAGCCUGGGCGCCCGUCUCUACCGGUGGACUAUCACAAAUCAUCACGCGGCAUGCCGCCCGUCGGCGUCGGAGGCAUGCCUCCGCACGGCAGCCACAAGAUGCCACCGAGCUCCUCCAAGCCUCAGCCGCCGCCGCAACAGCAGCAGCUACCGCCGCCCAAUCAUCCAUCCGCCUCCAACUCAUCAUCGGCCUCAUCUAGCAUGUCCUCCAAGGACAAGUCGCAAAGCAGCAGCAAGAUGUAUCCGAAUGCACCGCCGCCGUACAGCAAUAGUGCUCCCCCCAAUCCGCUGAUGUCGCGUGGCGGCUAUCCAGGCGCUAGUAGCAGCAGCAAUGGAGCCCAGCCACCGCCCCAGGCCGGCUACGGCAGCGGCCACCGCAGCAAAUCCGGCUCCACCGUCCACGGCAUGCCGCCCUUCGAGCAGCAGCUACCCUAUUCCCAGAGCCAGGGCUACGGUCACAUGCAGCAGCAGCAGCAGGUGGUGCCACCUCCUCAGCAGCAGCAACAUAUGCCGCCGGAAGCACAGCAGCCGCAGCAGCAGCAGUCGUCACAGUCCAAGAUGUCGCUCUUUAGUCCCGAGUGGCCAGACAUUAAGAAGGAGCCGAUGGCACAGCCAUUCAACGGUCUCCUUCCACCUCCGCCUGCGCCUCAGGGCCACGACUACAAGCUGAACAAUCAUCCGCGAGACAAGGAGAGCCCCAAGAAGGAACGCCUCACGCCCACCAAGAAGGACAAGCACCGUCCUUCGACCAUGCCCAUGGGCAGCAGCAGUAGCAGUAGUUCCUCCGCCUCAUCGGGUUCGUCGAAACCUAUGUUGCCGCCUCACAAGAAGAUGUUGCCACACGGCGGCCCCGGCGAUCUGCUGGUGCCCAAUCCCGGCGAGAGCGGCAGCAGCCUGAAGCGAGCCAACGAGAUUUCCGGCAGCCAGUAUGGACUGAACAAGCUGGACGAGAUGGACAGCGGCCCUCAGCCGCGCGAAAAGCUGCGCAAGCUGGACAACACCAGCGGGUUGCCCGGAUAUUCGAGUUACGAGGAAAAGCACACGCCCCUAAACAUGUCCAAUGGGAUUGAGACGACGCCGGAUCUGGUUCGCAGCCUGCUGAAGGAGAGCCUGUGUCCGUUGAAUGCUUCGCUUCUCAAACCGGACCCAUUGACCAUGCCGGGUCUCAAGCCCCCGGCGGAACUGCUUGAACCCAUACCCUCGACGCCACCAAUAAUCAAGAAGGAGCCGGGCAUCACACCUCUGCCCAGUCUGUCGACUGUCGUAGCGGCACCAGCCAUGGAGAUGGAUGUGGUCACCAAGCUGGCCGUCGGCGAGAUCAAGGAGGAGAGCAGCAGCAGCAAGGCGGAGAAGAAAAAGAAGAAGGACAAGCAUAAACACAAGGAGAAGGAUAAGUCAAAGGACAAAACGGAGAAGGAGGAGCGGAAGAAGCACAAGAAGGACAAGCAGAAAGAUCGCAGCAGCAGCAGUGGCAGCGCUCCCAACAAGGACGGCUCGCUGGCCAACGAACCGCUGAAGAUGGUAAUGAUCAAGAAUCCCAACGGCAGCCUUCAAGUGGGAGCCUCGGCACCGCUGAAGCUAAAGAUAAGCAAGAACAAGGUGGAGCCCAACAACUACUCGACGGCGGCCGGUAUGCCAGGAGCUCCUGGCUAUGGUUUACCACCGGCCGUGGCUAGCAUAACAUCAUCAGCGCCUCCCUAUGGCAGUAGCAGCAGCGGCGGCGGCGGUGGUGGUGGAGGUUAUAGCUCUUCGGGUGGCAGCAGUUCCGGCGGCAGCAGCAAGAAGAAACACAGCGAUCGGGAUCGCGACAAGGAGAGCAAGAAGAGCAAGGAUUAUGCGAAAUACAAUGGAGCUGGAGCUGUAUCUGGAGGAGGCGUCCCCGGUGGUGUCUUUAAUCCUCUUGGCGGUGCUGGCGCCGCAGCCUCAAUGGCCGGUGUUGGAAUGAGCGCUCCCCUAAUCAGUGCCGUUCCGCCAUCCAUGCUGCUGGCGGCGCCCAUCAACGCAGCUCCACAGCCCAUGGGCCUAGCACCGCCUUCUAUGCCCUCCUCCUCCGCCUACAACAAGAAGUAGUGGUGGUAGCGAGUCCCAUUUUUUUUAUAUCUAUGUGUAUAGAGAGAAAAAAGCUCUUCUGUCAGUCGAUGCUAUAUGCUAUAUGCUAGUUGUUAGGAUUGUUUCACUUUUACUUUAGCACGACAGCUUAGGUAAUUAAGAAACGCAAGAGAGUCUGGAUGGAAUGGCAGGAGAUGAAUGGCGGAAAUAAAAAUGGAAGCUGGCUGACGGCGAUGGAGUACGCAGAACUCAAACAAGCGA